GCAGCCGCAGCACGCAGAUCGGAUCCCAUUGUUCCCCAUCUCCCCCACCCAGGCGAACCACCGAGGCCGAGGAGGAAGAACCCUAAACCCAUGGCGCUCCACGCCGCUCGCCGCCUCUCCUCCUCCUUGUCCUCUUCCUCCUCCUCCGCCACAGCCACCUCCGCCGCGCCGAAGCUCUCCUCGAUCUUCCGCAACCCGAAGCGCCGACCGACGAAUCUCUCCCCGCGCUUCCUCGGCCAGGAGCCUCGGUCGCCGCGGCCGGGCUCCGGCGACGAGCCGCCGUCGCGGAGGCCCAGGCCGAGGCAGCCGUGGGAGGAGGAGGCGGGGGCGCUGCUCCGUCGGCUCCACGAGGGGAGGUACCUGCCGGGGCCCGACUUCUCGUCCGCGCCGCACGCCGUCUCACCCGACGUCGUCAAGGCCGCCGCCGAGCGGUUCGGGCACGACAACCAGGUCGUCGCCAAAUGGCUGUCAGGGAGCGACUUGAAGAAGUUAGCCUUGUUUGGGUGCCCGACUGUUGAACGAAGAACGGUUUUUGCAUCAAAAAGAUUACGAGCUUUCUUCAACAUCCAGGAAGACAAAAUAUGCAGCUCCUGUAAACUGAGAAGUUCUUGCAAGUUUGCUAACCAGGAAGUCCUUAGGCAUAAUAAAGUGAUUCUGUCGGAUACAAUGAGAAUUAUUAGUUUGCUUGUCCUGGAUGCUUGCCCGAAGGAACUCCAGGUUACAGCUGAAUUAAAAGCUAGCAUCUGCAAGGUGCUAAAGGACACCAUAAAUCUUAGCAGUUAAUUGCUGAGAAUCGGGAACAGAGUUUCGACAGUUUUUCUGGUCCUUCUAACACAGUACUGCCUGCAUUUACUUGGAGCAAAUAGUUGAAGCUAUGUUUGAUGUUUCAGUCACAGUGACCUCUCAAGCUAAGCAGUGAAAUUCACACCUAUCAGUCGGACUCGGGCUUCUGAGGAGUGAAGACAAAGCUAACAUCCAGCAAUCUGGGAUAAGCAUCAGGAUUCAUGCUGAUUGAUGCAUAGACAAGCUUUGCUGUAUUAGCUUGAAUGCCUCAUGAUGUAUAGGAACUCUGGUCGUUGACAGUGAUGGCAAGAUGGAACAAUUUGAUGACAUAAUAGUUCAUUCCCCCUUAGGGGGUGUUUGGAUACACCUCCUAAAGUUUAGUACCCA